UGUCACAUGCGCAAGGCUAUUUUUGAGUCAAUUGCUUGAACAAGAAUCUUCAUUUUCAUAGGCGAUGGGCCCUUUCUUUUUAGACCUUACACAUAGGCGGUCAAAUAGAUAUACUACGUUGCUGGUUGACGGAACUGGAGUCCGUAGAGAGUACUGAUAAACACAGAAGCAACAUGAUAAAAAAGAUUAUUCGGAAACAUCAGAGAAUUAUCUAUUUCAUAGAAAAUAUGGAGACUCUCUACACACUCAUCGCUUUGCUGCAGUUCGUGUCAAACGUGAUGAUGAUUUGCGUAUUAGGAUUUUCAAUUAUAACUGCGCUCGGUAGUCCCAGUACGACAGAGAAGAUAAUUAGAUCACUUCCAUAUUACAGCGUCACGAAUCUAGAAGCGUUUAUAUUUUGCUAUGCUGGAGAAUACUUGAUCAACAAGAGCAAAGCGAUCGGAUACGCUGCAUAUGAUUCCGCCUGGUACAACAUGGAACCCAAGGACAGACAUAUUCUGUUGUUUAUUAUUUUGAAAUCACAAAAGUGCUCAACACUCACGAUUGGAAAGAUGAUGGAUCUCUCGUUGCGGCGCUUCACAAGUAUUAUGAAUUCCGCGGGUUCGUUCAUUUCGGUAUUAUUAGCGAUGCAAUGAACAGCAAUACAAUGAAAAUAUACCUUCCGUCGUUUUUCUAUUGAUAGUCGGAAAGUACGUAUCGAAAAUAAUCAUACAAAUGUAAACACCAGUUAGUAAACGUAUAACGUAUGACAUCUCCGAAAUAUUGUAAAAAAAUUAAAUUAGCCGUAAAAUAAUUUCCAGAUGUAACAUCUGAACUACGAAGCAAGCAAUUUCCACGAUCCCGCGCGACUAUAAGAUUAAAAUGUACCAUAAUAUAUCCCAUAAUCUCGACGAAUCUUCCUCGAACGACU